AUGUGGUACGGUUCCACCUACCGCAAGACCCGUGUGAUCAGGUCAAACUACCCUCGCUGGAACGCUCGCUACUAUCUUGGCAAGGUGGACACUCACCCUGGUCUGAGGAUCGAGGUCUGGGAUGAGGACUGGGGCAGGGACGACCGUCUGGGAUCAUGUGUGAAGUACCUGAGCCAGGGGACACACAGAUUCACCUGCCCAGCCAAGAGAGGUGGCGUUGAGGUUGUGUACACUCUGACCUGCGACCGUCACCUGACUGGGAACAGGGUGAGAGUCAGCACCUCCUACUGUGAGGCCAGUGCUCUGCUGGAAAAAAGUGGUUUGCCCCCUCAGGGUUGGGAGGAAGUUGCUGACCCAAGCAAAGGAGUUAAGUAUCUCAGGGUCUUAUUCACAAGUGAGAGUAAGAUGGAGACUGAGAUGGACGGGCGGAUCAGUGCAGCAUCAGUAGUGAUGUGGGUGUUGCACUGGACCAUUCUGGUGAAGAAAGAGCCUGAAGGCAAAGCUCUCAAUUUUUCAUUUGGCACCCGCAGACAGUGUCAGUCUGCUCCUUUUGUACCAGGCUACAACCUGGUGGGAGAGGGCUUUGAUGUUGUCACCUCACGGAGAAAAGGAGCCUACAUGGUUGAUGUUCGGACCUACCUGUCUCCAAAUGGAACCUGUAGUCUUCACUUCAACCCCCUUCAAGGCGACGAGCUGCAGAAACUUCCACUCGCUGCAGUAGACUGGCGCCCCUUCAGUCGCUGCAGUAUUCAUCGGCAAAACAGCAGACACACCUCUGUCAGCUCACUGCUUAGAAAGUACACCUACCAGGACAGCACUGACUGGAAGGACCAGGAAAUUAUAUUUGGAAAUAUAAGCAUUUUUGUAAGCUCUUUGGAUAUUACACUGGGGCAUCAGGCAGCUCAUGAUCUCCUUUACUAUCAGGUUGGACUAGAUUUUUUGAAGUUUGCCGGCCUGGAGGUGGGGGGAACACGUUCCACUGCGUAUGACUUUGCCACAGCCAGAAGCAGAGAGGACCGCUACACCUUCAGCAUACACAGAGUCACAUGUAGCCAUUACAGUUACCGUGUGUCAACCAAACCACCCCUCAGCUCUGAGUUCCGCAGUGAUUUGGAGAGACUGCCUGCUUCCUACAAUUAUUCAACAAGGGUCCAGUACAGACGGAUCAUAGAGACCUACGGAACACAUUAUAUCCGCCAGGUGUAUCUUGGGGGGCGAUACAGGCGAGUCACAGCUACACGUACCUGUUUGUCCAGGUUGAAUGGUCUGACCUCACAACAGGUACAUGAAUGCUUAUCACUGGGUGUCAGUGUAGGCCUGGGGAAGUUCACACUGCCUGCUAGCAAAAAGUUCUGCACCAAGAUCCUACAGAACCAGGAGGUCUCCAGCUUAUACAGCUCUAGUCUCCACCAACAUUAUACAGAGGUGGUAGGAGGCAUCGGCUGGGUGGGUGAGUUUUCUCUCCUCCGUAAUGACUCCCUGGGCUAUCGUAAUUGGCUGAAAACCCUCAAAGACCACCCUGAUGUUGUCCAAUAUUCUCUAAGACCAAUGUAUGAGCUGGUGCCAUACUGGUCAAAAAAGAUCGGACUGAAGGCUGCCACAGAGCAGUACUUAAAAGACAACAGCAUCAAGAACUCAACCAGACAACCAUACUGUGGCAACAGAUUCCCCAACCUGGAUUACCAAUGCUGCCCUAAACAGGCCUCGAGAGGAAAACUGGAGGUGACCAUUGUCCGAGCCUGGGAUCUGAAAGGAGAUUAUUGGGGCGAGACUGAGGGGUAUGCCAAGAUGUGGUACGGUUCCACCUACCGCAAGACCCGUGUGAUUGAGUCAAACAACCCUCACUGGAACGCUCACUACGAUCUCGGCAAGGUGGACACUCAAUUGGGUCUGAAGGUCGAGGUCUGGGAUAAGGACUGGUACAGCGAUGACAAUCUGGGAUCAUGUGUGAAGUACCUGAAGCAGGGGUCACACAGUUUCAGCUGCCCAGUCAAGAGAGGUCGCGUUGACAUUGAAUACACUCUGACCUGCGACCGUCACCUGACCGGGAACAAGUGUGACAAAUACAAACCAGCCCCAUAG